GGCUCAGUUCAUAACUUGUCUGAUAAAUCCAAGACCAAACCAAUGUUUCGAAGUGGUGAAGCUGGUCUUGUUUCUCCAAGAAAUGCCCAGCAGCAGUCCUCUGUGAUGCUCGGUAAUCUUCAGUCUAAUCCUGGUAGUCAGAUAAAGCCUGAGACGACUAAGAAGCUGGUGGUUCUGAAGCCUGCUAGGGAAAAUGGGGUAGGUGGUGGUGGUUCACCACCCAACAGCCGAGCUGCGGGUAGCCAGCUGACCAUUGCUAGCCAGCUUACCACUGCUCCAUCCACACAAUUUACUGCUUCUGUGAGAAGUACAAACGGUCCAAGGGAGGUCAGGGGAGCUUCUGGAAACAUAAUAGCUGGGAAAACCGCGGAAAAGAAACUUUCAUCGGCUCAAACUCAGAGCAGGCAUGCAUUUUACAGUGCUUUGAAGCAAACUACAUCUACAAACAUCUCAACUGAUCCAUCAAAAACUAGCUCGUCCAUCUUUUCUUCAGUCGAGGAAAAGGCAAACAGUUCUACGGAGCUUGUAGCUAGUGACCCUCCAAGUACACAGGCUGCAGAAAGAAAUGACCCCAAGGAUAGAGUCGAGAAAGUUGCUGAUGUUGCAGAAACGAUUAGUAGAUUUGAUAUAGUAGUCCGUCCAUCGCCAAAAGAGGCUGAGUUCCUUAGAUCCCUUGGGUGGGAUGAAAACGUUAGCGAAAAGGACGAAGCCCUCUCAGAAGAGGAGAUCAGAUCCUUCAUUGAACGGUACAAGAAGUCCAAGCCAUCACUGGUGCAGAAGCUGAUAGUAUAA